AAAGGGCAAGGAAAGUCCAGGCUCCACCUAACUGAAUUUCCUGGAGCGGGUCUGCGGGGCAGAGGUGGGCGGGCCCCUCCCCGGAGGCCGGGCAAGGUGACCGGCGAGCCGACGCGCCACCCGCUGGCUUCCAGUCCCUGGCGCAGCAGCGCGAGUCGCCGGCAGCGAGUGUCCCCGCGCAGAUGUUUGGACUCCAUUCUGCGGGUUCUUUACAUUAUACCACUUGGUCUGCCAAACACUCUGCAGCUUGGCAAGGUCAUUCCAGAAAGAUGAGGAUAUUUGACAUCUUUACAUUCACAGCCUACUGGCAUCUACUGAAUGCAUUUACUGUCACAGUUCCCAAGGACCUGUAUGUGGUGGAGUAUGGCAGCAAUGUGACAAUUGAAUGCAGGUUCCCAGUAGAAAAACAAUUAGACCUGAUGUCAUUAGUUGUCUACUGGGAAAUGGACAAUAAGAAUAUUAUUCAAUUUGUUCGUGGCGAGGAAGACCUGAAGGUUCAGGACAGUAGCUACCGUGACAGGGCGUGGCUAUUGAAGGACCAACUCUUCCUGGGAAGUGCGGCGCUUGAGAUCACAGAUGUGAAGCUGCGGGAUGCAGGGGUUUACCGCUGCAUGAUCAGCUACGGGGGUGCAGACUACAAGCGGAUUACUCUGAAAGUCAAUGCCCCGUAUCGCAAAAUCAACCAAAGAAUUUCCAUGGACCCAGCCACCUCUGAACACGAACUAACAUGUCAGGCUGAGGGUUACCCCAAGGCUGAAGUCAUCUGGACAAGCAGUGACCAUCAAGUCCUGAGUGGCAGGACCACGAUCACCAGUUCCAAGAGGGAGGAGCAGCUUUUCAAUGUGACCAGCACAUUGAGAGUCAACACAACCGCUAAGGAGAUUUUCUACUGCACUUUUCAGAGAUUAAAUCUCAAGGAAAACAGUACAGCUAAGUUGGUCAUCCCAGAACCACCUGUAAUACCUCCCCAAGAUGAGAGGACUCACUUGGUGAUUCUGGGAGCUGUCCUGUUCUUUGGUGUAGCACUGACAAUCCUCUUCUGUUUAAGAAAACAAGUGAGAAUAAUGGAUGUGGAAAAAUGUGGCCUCCAAGAUACAAACUCAAAGCAGCAAAAUGAUCCACAAUUUGAGGAGACGUAAGCCAGCAUUGAAACUUCUGAUCUUCAAGCAGGGAUUCUCAGCCUGUGGUCUGGGAGUUCCGCAGGGCUGCACACAACCAGAGGAAUGAAUGGGCCCGUGGGAAGUCGACGAUAUAGGAAUGAAAAGGCUCAAACACUGAAAAUGGGAACCUGGGGAAAGAAGAGAAGAACAAAGAAAGGAGGAGUAGAAACACUGAAAUGGGAACAAGAGAAGAACAAAGAAAGGAGGAGUAGAAAGGGGAGCCUGGAAAGAGACCUUGGUACUUCAUGAUGCCUGAGAGACUCACCAGCGCAUGUGAAAGGGAGAAAAGGCACUUCUGAACGAGGAGCCUCCAAGCAAAUCACCCAUGGCUCACCCCAGGAAAACAAGUUGAGAAUCCCUGACGCGAUGGUCAGUUCCUGCAGAAGUGCCCUUUGCUGCACGCAAUUCCUCGACUUGUCUUUUGUAUGACUGAGAGUCCCAGUGUUGCGACAGUAUUUAUUGUUUCUAUUUAUUUGGAGUCUAUGGAAUCUUGUGAUGUGAGGGUGUUUGUGAACGAUUUCCUUUGAAGAUAUAUUGUAGUAGAUGUUAAAAUUUUGUCACCAAACUAGGCUUGUUACUUAACCGCUUGCUUGCGUCCAGUAAAUCGUAAAGUAUUUGUAAGGUGCUUGGUACCCUCCUGUAACCAUAAGUACAAAUAGGAAGCACAGAGAACAAACCAUUGGUUUGUAUAGGAUCUGACUUUAUUUAACCCCCUGGUACUUUGGUUGACUUGAAUAAUCUUAUUCUUAGACCUCAAGUGUCUGUUGCAGCAUCUGUUUCUUUUAAACAUCAGCUUUACAAUUAUGUGGAAACCUACACCCAUAACCUCAUUUCAUCCCUGUAACGACCCUGUUGUGAUAACCACUAUUCUUACACUCAUUUUACAGCCCAGGAAUCGGAGAGAUUAAAUAACUUGCCCGAACCAGUAAAUAGCAGACCUCAGAUUUCCACAACUGUCACCCAUUGUCCUUUUGGAAUAUAAGUUACAGCAAUUUUACUUUAAGCAAUUAAUGUUUUCAAAAGCUAUUUAUUAAGUGCUCUUGGAAUAUCAAUCACUGUGCCAGGUGUUGAGUCUACAGAUGUAAGCAAGACAAAGUACCUGCCCUCAAGGACCUCGGAGUAUAACGAGGAGCUUGGCAAGAAAAUUUGUUAUUACAAUUUAGCGCCAUGUCAUGGCAUAAGGUGUUGGAGGAGAAUGAUGGUGUGAAAGAGAAAGUCUAGCAAUAUUGCCAUGAGGAGGAGUGGCCAGUCAAUGUGGUCUGAGACAGUUGGAUACACUUAAACAUUUUAAUAAUCAAAACAAUUUAGUUUACAAAGAUAAGUCAAUAUUUUAAAGAACUAUGGGAAAUAACUCUUGAAUUCCUGCUCUAGCAUUAGAUUUAUCCCUGAUUUAUUUGCCUUCACCAUACAAUCUGAUGCUUGUAUGUAUAGUGUCUGGUAUUGUUUAACCUUUUUCUUUGAUUUAAGUACUAUCGUAUUUUGAAUCCAUACCCUUCCAUGAUUCAAAAUUCAAACAAUCCCAUGGGAGACAGUUAAAAAAACUCUUCAUUCCAUCCUCCCAGCCUUCUAGAUUCCCUUUCUAGAAGCAACCUCUGUUGACUUUUGUACAUGUAUUCUUCUAAAGAUAGUCUAUAUAUGGAAAUGUAUGUUAAAAGUACAUAUUUUUAAACAUUUUUCCUGAGUGGUAACAUUAUGCAUCUGCUGUGCAGUUUGCUAUUUUUAUUCAAUAUAUUAUUUCUUAUGUAGCAGCUUGAACAAAUUUGAAGUUCUAAGUGGUCAGGAACUGUGUCUAUUUUGCUUCUAGGUCAUGUUUCCCAUAGCCUUUCAGUAUCUUUCAUAUGAUUUGGUACCUGCUAAAAUAUGUACUACUUACAUGUUUAGACAACCAGCAUUUGUUGAGUACUUGCUCUGUGACUGAAUUCAAAUCUGGUUUGUUUUAUGUUUGGUCAAAGGAGACCCAUGGGUUCUCCAGGGUAUACUGAGUCAACUUAGUGAACCUGACGGGCAACUUUAUUAUUAACUCUCUAUGACAGAAUCAUGUCUGGAACUUUUAAUGUCAUUUUCUCUUGGGUAUAAACUUCAUUUUGAUUCUGAUUUGCAAAAUUACAUGUUCUUUCUGGAAAUUCCAGUAGUGUACCUUGACUGUUGGCUGCCCUAGACCCUCAUCUGUGCCAGCAAAGUCUCAUUAGCUGUGCUUGAACUUUUGAAUGCCAUGAGCUCUCAUCACUACCUCCCAAGGAGUUGUUUUCCUCAGACUGUGAGAAUCAGAUAUCUCUCAGGAGGUCCAGCAAUUUUCCUUCCCUCUUGGCCAUUUACUGGGAUCAAUGAAAAGGAAAGCCUUUGUUUUGCCAUGGUCAAGGCUAAAGAAACAGAAUCUGCAACAGAACUCCUGUCAUCUAUCUGUACAUGUUCAUUUGCACAAUAAUUUGUAUGACUCUGCCCUUUGUGUGAGGUACAAGCGAGGACUCUGACUGAGGGAAGCCACUCAUUCCAUUCUUAAACCUUCUCGUGGUGGUAUAUUUGUAAAGCACUUUAUCCCUUUGUCUUGUGUCUCAUUGUAAAUGACAUAGGCAGAGAUGAUGUCUAACUCCACAUUUGAUUGUCACUUUUUAUACCUGCAUUAAUUUAAUAAAAUAUUUAUUUUGUUCCUCA